GGACUACACAUCCCAUCAGCCCCCAUCACGGACUCUUCGCCGAACGUAUUUUGUCCAGCGACCGAGUGCUGCUGACAUGGCUGCUCCCAUUGAAUUUCUUCGGUGUAUGAAACGGACAAAUAUUCUACUCCUUUUGGCACUUCUAAUCCCUUCCGCAACCGCUCUCAUCAACGGAUUAUACUGCGGGACGGAGAUAUGCUACGAUGUUCUUGGAGUUACCAGAGAAGCUACCAAAUCUGAGAUAGCUCGUGCCUACAGACAGCUGGCCAGAAAGUAUCAUCCCGAUAGAUUCCGGGUCGGAGAUCCAGCACUAGCUGAUGAGACUCCAGAAAGUGCACACCAAAAAUUUUUGCUUGUUGCAACUGCUUACGAAACGCUUAAAGAUGAAGACUCGCGCAAAGAUUACGAUUACAUGUUGGAUCACCCUGAGGAGUACUAUAGCCACUACUAUGCCUACUACAGUAGGAGGUUGGCACCCAAAGUGGACGUCAGGAUAGUAAUUCUUGUGACUGUGUGCGCCAUAUCAGUUUUCCAGUACUAUAGCUGGUGGAGCAGUUACAACGAAGCCAUCAACUACUUGUCAACGGUGCCAAAAUACCGCAUACAGGCUACAGAGCUGGCCAAGCAGCAGGGGCUGUUGAACAGGACUAAAGAGAAGGGCAAGAACCGGCGCUCCAAGGAGGAGAUCCGGGAAGAGGAGGAGGAGAUCAUCCGCGAUAUCAUAAAAAACAAGAUUGACAUCAAGGGGGGCUACCAGAAGCCCAACGUCUUGGACAUCCUGCUGUGCAAAAUUAUCCUCUUCCCGUACUAUUUCUGCACCUAUGUGGUGUGGUACGCCUCCUGGAUCUACAGAUUCACAAUCUGCAGAGAGGAGUACGGAGAGCAGGAGAAGCUGUACCUCAUCCGCAGGAACAUGAAGAUGUCCCAGGCACAGUUUGACAGCCUGGAGGAUCUCCAAAAGGAGACCUUCCUGGAGAGGCAGCUUUGGAUUAGGGAGAACUAUGAGGUGUAUAAAGAAGAGCAGGAGGAGGAGAUGAAGAUGAAAAUGGCGGUGGAUCCCAGAUGGAAGAGGUACCGUCGAUGGAUGAAAAACGAAGGACCGGGUCGCCUGACCUUCAUCGAUGACUGACGGGACACACAUUGCACACACGUGCCACUUUACACACGUGCACACGCAAUAUGUGCAUGCCUCAGUAUCGUACACAUCUACUUUGGCUUUUAAGUUUGUCAGCACAACUCAUAAAAAGAUGAUAUAACGGAAGAAGCAAUCGGUGAAGCAAUUUUUUUUUUUUUACAGAAAAAUAAAUGGAAAUGGAUGCAAUUCUAAUAUUAAAGACACUAUAUAGAGCAGGAAAAUGUUUUAUUAAUAGUAUUAUUUUGGACAUUUAAAAAAAAAAAAAUGUUGCUCAAAUGUUUUCACGCCAAUAAGCAGUCUUUUGUCUUUUGUGGCCAUGUUUGACUUUAUUGAUUCUGAGAAGGCACUCAUUCUUGCAGAACUUUACAAGUGCCUUAAGUUUCUUGUUUGAGCCUCAGAACCUUUUUUGUGUUUGUUGUGUGUAUGUUUUCGAGUGUUGGAAACAUACAAAUUUGCAUUCGACUUAGAAUCUUACGAUUUUGACAACCAGUCAAGGAUAUUGAAAAUUGCUGUUAGUUUUUAGCUUGCUUCCAAAACUGUUUUCUUCAUAACACUAUCUUACAACUUUUCCCUGGCAAAUUAUGACUUGGUAACCUCAAACUUAUCAGUGUUGAAUACUACAGUGGAAGCUGUUAAGGUCAGCUUGUAAAUUGGUUUUUUGUAGCUACCACCUAAUCUAUCAAGAUCAAUGACUAUGGAAUUUGUCAGUGUAAGACUGCCGUCUGCUGUAAUUAUAGUCCCCUCUUGGAUACGUUUCUGUGCUUUACCUUCUCUGCUAAAUGGGGAAGGUUUGUGUUUUGAUUUUCGGAAACAUACGCAAGUCAAAUAUGCUGUUGCUAUAUGCAGUGUUGGUGGCGUUAGAAUUGUAAAUAUUUUUCAUUUAUUCAUGAAAAAUGAAAUUUUUUGCAUUUUCUAAAAUGGCAAGGAUAUACUGAUAAAUUUUGAGGUCAUUGUACAUAUGUGCAUAAUUAUGUAUAUAUAACUGAAAAUAUAUAUAAAAUGUUUAUAUAUACAAAUUAUUUUCCUAGUUAUAUUAAGGUUAAAGGUAAGUGGUUUGACUCAGGAAUCUGCAUUAGAUGCCAAGUUUUUUGGUAUCACAGUUUUGCUAGGAUAUGGAGGAAUGUAAUUGCAGUGGAUUAAACCACAAAGUUACUUGGAAGGUACUUUGGCAUUAGGGUCCUCACAGUUGUGUUAGUUCUUAACAGCAGUCUGGUCACAGUCUUGUCAUCUGGUCACAAAAUUUCAGUGAUAUUAAAAGUACAUUUUUAAAAAUGUAUUGCUACCCAUACAUUGACAUCCUCAAAAAAAAACCCAGCUGCUCUUAAAAAAAAUAAAAAAUAAAAAUUAAUAAUUCCAGGAGUUCAGUCCGGAUGUGUGUAUUGCCAAGCUGUUUACUGGCUGCAUUGUUUUGCCGCCUGCACGUUGCAUGGUAUCGACCAGCAAGCCUUGCUUGUCAGGAGGACUUGCACAGCACACAUGCUUCCCCUAAAACUCAUAUGAAUCUGAACAGAAGGUCACUGAAAGAAGGACAGCUGCAGCUCAUUUAAACCGAAGCCAAUUUAGACGUACUCUGUUUAUAAGGCUAACUCCAAAACCAAGAUUCAGUAAUGGCUCCAUUUUGACUAAAUGUAAACCCUGAGAUGUCCCGUGUGUAGUAUCUGAUCAAAAUAUCAAGUGCUGGAGGAAAUUAAGUGGUUGAUAUGUGCCUCAGGGGAGGGUCUAGAACCCUGGUCCCGGAGAGUUUUGUCAUGUUCUUCACAUAAAAAUUACAUUUCCUCAUGUUCACAUUCUUUCUAUAAAGUUAUGACCCAUAAUCGAGUUUUCAACAUCAGUAUAAAAACGCAAUGUGUGAAAUAAGUAGUUGAUGACAAAAUGUGAUCACAAAGUAAAAGAAAGUGCAAUUCCAUUCAAAGCAAGGGGACAUUGAAACAAAAGUUGGGGAAACGGAUCGCUGAUGUAAUUAUUUGCAUUUCAUAUUCAUCGCCGCUAAUGCCUUAAUGCUGAUGUUUGUUGAACGACAGAAUUGCAACAGUACGUGUUUUUUAGUAUAAAAAUGUAUGUAGAAUUGUCAAGUCUAGUGGAGUUGGUGGAAGUUUCUACAAACUGGGAUUUUGGGCUGACAGAAAAAGAAAAAAAAAACAACCAAAUGUGACUAUGCAGUGGUAAUAACAUGAGCCAAAAAGCCCCCUCUGAAGCUUAAACCCAAGCGCCCUUUCAAUCAUCCCUUUCAAUGUUUUGUCAAUGCAUUGCUGGGCUUUUUUCUUUUUUUUCGAGUGGGGGUGUAUUGUUGUUAAAUUGGGUAUAUCUUGAAGGUUGUUUAUUUAUUGAGCAAUGAGGCCGAAAGAAAAGUUGUGUGUACAUACUGACAGCUGCUGAUGUACAGUGCAGAUGAUAUUUCUUGAAAUAAAAUCUGUUUUGAUAUGA